AUGGGGCAAAACUGGAGAUAUAGCAAGGGCAUCUGGAAUAGGUUAUCUAUUCCAAAGCAUAGGUUUAUACUAUGGCUUGCUUUGAAGCAACGCCUGAUGACUAGGGAAAGACUAGCCAAGAUGGGCAUCACUGAGUGUACAGACUGUUGCUUGUGUGGUGUUGAUACGGAGACUCAUGAACAUCUGUUUUUUGAGUGUGGUUUUAGUAGGAGAUGCUUGAUUCAGCUUCACCUAUGGCUUGGAGUCAGAAGGCAUGAUUUCAGUUUAUAUCAACACAUGACAUGGCUGCUUAGGAGCCACGAGACUGGAAGUUUUCAUAGGAAAGUCAUCAUGACAUCAGUGGCUGCUCUUGUAUACCAGGUGUGGAGAGCUAGGAAUGAUGCACUAUGGAACAACAAAGUUCCUUCUAUCCAAUCUGCUGUGCAACAGAUUAAGUUCAAUGUGAAACAUAGAAUCAAUCAAGUGUAUAAGAAUAUGACCCCUAUGGAGCAUAGAUGGUUUGACUUGUUGUAG